CAUACAUACACAGCACCGGCGUUGAACGUCCUGAUUUCUAGGGUUCACGGUUUGGAUUUUUGCUUUUCAUCUAUGGUUAUGUCAUGUUUGUUUUUUAUUGGUUAUAUUGUGAUUUGAUUUGCUGCCUGUAAUUCCUAUAUAUUGUCGGGACUACCAAAAUAAAAUGUGGAAAAAUUGUACACGAGUUGUUAGUAAAGCCUUUGAAUGCACCUCAGUUCUUGGUACAGUACCCAAUUUCGAUCAACAAAUAAGGACAACUUAUAUUCUUAAGAGAAAGUUUGCUCCUCGACUCCAUAAAAAAGGUAAUGAUCCAAAAGCCCUUAAAGCUAAACACUUCAUAUAUGAAUUGGUAAAAGACACUUCGGCGGGAAAGCAGCCUCUUAUAGAUGUCAUAUUAACAUCUUAUGUAAGUGGCUUAGGCAACAUAGGAGAUAAGGUAUUAGUAAGACAGCAAUAUGCAUAUAACAACCUCCUGUUACCAGGGCUAGCUGUGUACGCUAGUGAAGAAAACUUAGAGAAAUUUAGGGAUUAUGUAUUGGACUCGAAUGCUGACGUGCAUUUUAGUUCAGCAAAUGCUGUAAUGAUGAUGGACUGCCUUGCCAGAAUGACAUUAUCUGUCGUAAUGAAUAAAGAACAACCAUGGACUAUUGAGCCGUGGCACAUUACCGCUUCUUUCCGAAAAUGCGGCUAUGUAGUUCCAGAGUACGCGGUAAAAUUACCAGAAAAACAAAUUAGCGGACCUGACAUGUCUUUGGAAGGAAAAGAGUUUUUCGUCACCGUGAUGAUAAACAAAACAGAAACGGUGAAUGUACGAUGCGUACUUCAUCACUGGAGCACAGAUAUUAAAGAAAGAUUACCAUAUUUGGAAAAAUUCUGGCUGCAAGAAAAAGAGCCGAUCGAUCCUGCCUUCCAACCCGUCUUAGAAAAAAUUCCGAAGAAAACGCCUAGAAAAGUGCAGCAAUAGUAUAUGUUGUGAGUAAAAAAUUACUUGUUAUAUAUACACUUUUCCUUGUUUUCCUUGAAUAAAUAUUGUGAUUGUAAAA